CCGCCCCCUUGCUGCAGGCUCCGCCCCCUUGCUGCAGGCUCCGGGUCUCCAGUUUUCCUGCUCUGUUUCGGAUCAGCUGCUGGAUCGUUAUCUGGACCGGACCUGAUUCUGCUGGUUCUGUUUGGGUCGGAGUUCUGGGGGAACAUGAGGAGGAGAGGAGCAGAACACCGGACGCGGGCCUGAGGAGCAGAACCGACUCAGAACUGCUGAGCAGAUCAGCAGCAGGAGAUGAAUGGAACCAGGAUCUAGUGAAGGUGCUGCCAUCAUCAUCAUCAUCAUCAUCAUCAUCAUCAUCAUCGCCUGACUUCUCCUGAGAGGUGAGAAGGUGUUACCAUGGAAACCCUCAGAUCGUUAUCUGGACCGGACCUUGUGAGGACAGGAAGUGGACAGAAGGUUCUGAUGGACCUCCGACUGCAGGAUGUCAGGAAACGUGUCAUCUCUGGCUCCACCCACCAGUGCGUCUCCUCCACCUCCUCUCAACGUCUCCCAGUACCCUCCCCUCACCGACUGGGAGCCUCCAGUUUCACCCGAGCUGCUCAGUUCCGGGUCGGCGCCACCUCAGUGCUCUUCCUGUUUGCCGCCUGCAGCAACUUGGCGCUGCUGGCCAGCGUCUGGUGUGGCCGCGGCCGCCGGCUGUCGUCUCACCUGCGGCCGUUGAUGCUGAGCCUGGCGGCGGCAGACCUGAUGAUGACGUUUGUGGUGAUGCCUCUGGAUGCGGCGUGGAACAUCACGGUGCAGUGGUACGGCGGCGAGGCGCUCUGCAAACUGCUGUGCUUCCUGAAGCUGUUCGCCAUGCACGCCGCCGCCUUCAUCCUGGUCGUCAUCAGCCUGGACCGCCAUUACGCCAUCCUGCACCCGCUGGACGCCCUGAGCGCACACCGCAGGAACCGCUGCAUGCUGCUGCUGGCCUGGACUCUGAGCCUGCUGCUGGCCUCCCCACAGCUCUUCCUCUUCAGAACCAUCCGUCUGGAUGCCGCUGACUUCACGCAGUGCGCGUCCCACGGCAGCUUCGCUGGCCGCUGGCAGGAGACGCUCUACAACAUGUUCCACUUCGUCACGCUGUACGUCGUCCCGCUGCUGCUGAUGAGCUGCUGCUACAGCCGCAUCCUGCUGCACAUCAACCGGCAGCACCUGCAGCACAAAGCAGGUGAGUCGCCCCUGCGGCGCAGCGGCACUGACGUCAUCCCCAAGGCGCGGAUGAAGACGCUGAAGAUGACGGUGGUGAUCGUGCUGUCCUUCGUCGUGUGCUGGACGCCGUACUACCUGCUGGGGAUCUGGUACUGGUUCCAGCCCGGCAUGCUGCGGGUCACACCUGAGUACGUCCACCACGCCCUGUUUGUGUUCGGGAACCUGAACUCCUGCUGCGACCCCGUCAUCUACGGCUUCUACACGCCGUCGUUCCGCGCCGACCUGGCCGACCUGGCCGCCUUCUGCCGCCGCACGAGAAGCCGCGAGUCGCCGGACCGCCUGUCCGCCCGGCGGGGUCCGCACAGCGGCGAGGACGAGGCGGCGCCCCGCUGACCAAUCACAGCCCAGAACGGAACCACGGGACGCGCUCUGCUUUUAUUCCUUCGAGGUUUUGUUUGCUGAAUCCGAAUAAAAUGUUUCUGUGAUUCUGAUUGGUCACAAUAUUGAACAUUAAUCCUGUGCUCUGAUUGGCUGAUAACCAAUUUAGAACCUGACAUGCAGUCCAGCAGCGCCACCUGCUGUCCGGGUAACUACGGAGCCCUGGAGGGGACAUGGGACAUUUCCUUUUGCGUUCUCUCGUAAUAACAUUUCUGCAAUAUUUGCUGGUCUGGUUUGAACACAGCCACAGUGUUUAUGAACCGAUUGGUGCAAAAACUGAUAGAAGACCUGUCAGGUGAUUUAUUACCCGCAGUAAUAAUAGUCCAGAUAUAGUUUCUCUUCUUUCCUACUUAUGGGAAGAUAUAAAACUUCACAUAUUUCAUAUUAACAUCCAUGGAAAAACCUGCUAUUAUAGCAGAAAGUAUGAUGAGAAAGGCUGACAGUAUUCAGUCACAUGAACUGAUCAGAACGUCACUGCGAGGGAACGCAAAAGGAAAACGUCCCCGUGUCCCUUAAGGGGCUCCGUAAUUAACAAUAAACAAUUCAAUCGUGAUUGAUACUGAAUAAUAUGUAUUAAAUAUGCGUAUGUACAUAAUGCCUGUACAUGUUUUAUUCAUGUUCUAGGAGCUCCACACCUUCAUCAGUGACUCGUCUCUCCCUCCUCUUCCUCACAUCGUCUUUAUGAAACAUUAAAACUAAAACAAUUACACAUAAAUAACAGUCUUUGCCACCUUGUGUGUGUAACCGGGUUCUGCUUCACACCACUGUACCAGGCCGACCCAAGUAACCCCUGGACUCUGCGUUGUGUAGAUGUUUUAGUGAAGACCAGGAGUUCUGGGUGAACAGGCAGUUUAUUUCCUGAAUGAGAACAGAUCGGGUUGGAAUCAAUGCAAUGGUUCAGCUUCCCUCAGCACACUCUCGUGCAGCUUCCAUAGACUGGCACUGAUUACAGAGGCCAGCAACAUAUAACCAGCCACACAGAGAGGAGGCGCUAUUUCCCAUUGCAC